CCUGAAAAUACUAUUCCAUGGAAUCUUCCAAAUCUGUUAUAUAUUCGACAAAUGCCAUAAGGGAAAGACAGGAAGCCGACAGCGACUUCAUCUUUGAUGAAAACGUGAAAACCUAACCCCUAACACAUUUUGAAAAUGAGUAAAUAGUGAAGAAAUGGAUACAAGAUAAGUGCAUCAAAAAGUGAUCAUGGCUUACUAUGAUAUUUUAAACAUCCAGUUUCUGGAUUUGAGUGGAGUGGAUGAGGUUGAGAAGCAGUGGAUACUUAGUUCUUUGAAGACAGUAGAUAAUACUGUGAAAGGACCAUGGAACAAGGCAGUGAAAGAAAGAGUUUCCAAUGUCCAUGCAACAGGCUUUCAGGCAAACUGCCAUAAUUCUUUUACCCCACACAAUGCAGCAGCAUUGCCCAAUCACAUCAAUCCUGUCAUAUAUCCACCACCCAAUUAUCAGCCACCUUUAACCAUCUACCCAACUACUUUUGUACCGACCAUACAACAACAACAACAAUACACACCACCAACUGUAGCUGUGAACGCCCCAGUUGUGGUGCCCGUAAUUCCAGCACCUAUUAUAGUAAAUAAACAAUAUCCAGUUACAUAUCCUGCACAGCAGCCCGGACCAGUGGUUGAGAAAGAUGAACACAAAUGUGAAGUGGAAAAUCAUGUAAAUAAUGUAAAUAUAACUAACGGAAAUGCUACAGAAACACAAGCCGAUAAAUCAGAUGGUUCAAAGUCAUGGGCCAGUCUGUUUAAUCGAAACGCCUUGCAGGCUGCAAGCAACAACUGUUUGGCAAAUGCAAACAAGCCAAGUGAUAUUCCACCUUUCCCCCAACCCAACCAGAACAAUAACAAUGCAAAGAACAUUUUCCACAUGAAAUCUACGCAAUUCGACGAUCCCAACUAUUAUCGUAUGGCUGAAAUCUUGGCGAGUCGUAAAUUAGACCAUAACAUAACGAGCGUACAGCCGAGGGGGUUGAUCAAUCACAGUAAUUACUGUUACAUCAAUUCCAUUUUGCAAGCGAUGCUCGCUUGCCCGCCAGUUUAUAAUCUUUUGAGCGCGUUAACGAUGAAUAUCAGCACGACGGAAACUAGGAAACAUUCCCAAGUUAUUGAUAACAUGGUCAGAUUUGUACGCGAGUUUAGACAUUUGAGGCCCAACCAAAGGGUUACAAGACGAGUGGAUAAUAAGGUGCAGAAGAAAGAGCAGAGCACGCCGGUUAAUUGCGAUAGACCGUUUGAACCGUAUUGGAUAUACAAGAUGUUGAAUGGUAUGCGCAGCGAUUCCUUUGUUGUGGAGGGAAGGCAAGAGGAUGCUGAGGAAUUCUUGGGUUGUCUCUUGAAUGGAUUAAACGAUGAGAUGUUGGAGUUAAUGAAAUUAGUGGAAGACGAUAUGCCAACAAACACGGUUAUAGAAAGACACGAGGAAAUCGAUGAGGAGGAUUGGCAACUUAUCGGAAAGAAGAACAAAGGUUGCGUGACUCGUCGCACCGAAGUGACCCGUACACCAAUCAGCGAUAUAUUCGGUGGUCACAUUCGUUCGAGGCUGCACAGAGCCGGCGAUCAAAUCACGGAUAACAUCCAACCUUUCUUCACCCUUCAAUUGAACAUCGAGAAAGUGAACACGGUUUGCGAGGCUUUGGAAGCACUCGUGACGAAAAACCAGCUGGAAGGCGUGACCUCGUCGAAGACGAACGAAGAGGUCGAGGCUUGGCAACAGGUGACCAUCGAGGAGUUGCCUGUUGUUCUGGUCUUGCAUUUAAAAUGUUUCGAUUUCAAACCUGAAGGAUGCACGAAAAUCAUCAAAGCACUAGAGUUUCCAGUUGAUCUAAAAAUAGAUUCUAAAUUGCUCUCUUCGAAAACGAAUUAUCAACCAAAGGAGAAACAAUAUAAAUUAUUUGCCGUCGUCUAUCACGACGGAAAGGAAGCGACGAAGGGACACUUCAUCACCGACGCUUACCACGUUGGAUACGCCAGAUGGAUAAGAUACGACGAUGUCUCUGUGAACGCCGUCCAAGAGGAGCAAGUGCUUAAGCCUCACGGCACCCGUGUACCCUAUCUGCUGUUCUACAGAAGAGCAGACACGGUCCGAAGCAAAUAAUCCAUUUCUUCUUAAACUCUUAAUCCCUGCAAUCCCCCUUUAUGAAAAAAAAAAACUCCCAUCCCCCCCGAGUCCUGUAACAUACGUUUUUAUUCAUUCUAUUCGUGGAUUUGGCGAAACAUGAUUAAUUUUAGCAUUACAGAAAUAGUCAUUAAUUGAUUUCUGUAUACAUAUUAACAUUCAAUUGAUUCAAUCAUACACAUAGACACAUCGGACAGAGAGAAACGUUUAACUAGAUAUAAAUACUUUCAGUUGUAUAAGAUGUAACGUAAUUAUGAUUUAACAACAUUUAACACCGUGCGAAAUGCACAACAAAAGAUUCCCUUGCGGUACAUUUUUAUAGAAAAAAAAAAGAAACAUUUCCUUUUGUCGUUGUUGUGUUCACUAUGAUUGUGACGUUUCCGAUUUUCGUUUAUCCUUCGGGCAAAUGAUUAUUGUUUCUCGUGUGUGAUCCGUCGCUUUUUGUUGUUGUUUUUUUUUUUACUCGGAUGAAUUAUGUAAGCAAAUAGACUGAUUGAAAUAUUAUAUAAUGAAAUAUCUAUAUUUUAAUAAAUAUAAAUUGGACGUGGAAGGCGGCUCAUGCAAGCAAUCUUGUUAUUUAACAAACAAAAAAAAAGAAGUUC